GGGCAGGGGGCAGCGGCGGGGCCAUGGCGGCCCCGGGGCCCCGGCAGCGCGGCGGGGGCUGCCCGUGCCCGUGGUCGGCGGCGCGGCGGCGGCUCCCGGUGCUGCGCUGGCUCCCCCGGUACAGCCCGGCCUGGCUGCGGCUCGACCUGGUGGCCGGGCUCAGCGUGGGGCUCACGGUGGUGCCGCAGGCGCUCGCCUACGCCGAGGUGGCGGGGCUGCCGCCCGAGUACGGCCUCUACUCUUCCUUCAUGGGCUGCUUUGUCUACUGCUUCCUGGGCACCGCCAAGGACGUGACGCUGGGUCCCACGGCCAUCAUGUCGCUGCUUGUCUCCUCUUACGCGUUCCAUGAGCCUGUCUAUGCCAUCCUGCUCGCCUUCCUCUCUGGCUGCAUCCAGCUGGCCAUGGGGCUCCUGCACCUCGGUUUCCUUCUGGACUUCAUUUCCUGCCCCGUCAUUAAAGGGUUUACAUCAGCUGCUUCCAUCACCAUUAGCUUCAACCAGAUCAAGAACAUCCUGGGGCUGCGGGGGAUCCCUCGGCAGUUUUUCCUGCAGGUGUUUGAGACGCUGCGGAGGAUCGGGGAGACCAGGGUUGGGGACGCCGUGCUGGGGCUGGCCUGCCUGGCCGUGCUGGCGGGGCUCCGGGCCAUGAAGAGCCGCCUGCCCCGAGCCGCCCGUGUGGAGCCGCUGCCCGUCAGGGUCAGCUACCUCAUCGUCUGGACCACCACCACGGCACGCAACGCCCUCGUGGUCCUGUUUGCUGGCCUGGUUGCUUACUCCUUCCAGGUGAUGGGCUCCCAGCCGUUCACACUCACCGGCAGCAUCCCCCGGGGCCUCCCGGCAUUCCGGCUGCCACGCUUCUCCAUGGCUACCCCCAACGGCACCAUCCCCUUCCGGAGCAUGGUGGAGGACAUGGGGGUCGGGCUGGCCGUGGUGCCGCUCAUGGGCCUGCUGGAGACCAUUGCGAUUGCCAAGGCUUUUGCCUCGCAGAAUGAUUACAGGAUUGACCCCAACCAGGAGCUGCUGGCUAUGGGCUUCGCCAACAUCCUGGGCUCCUUCGUCUCAUCGUAUCCCAUCACGGGCAGCUUUGGCCGGACAGCGGUGAACGCGCAGUCGGGUGUCUGCACCCCCGCGGGAGGGCUCCUCACAGGCGCCCUGGUGCUGCUCUCACUGGCGUACCUCACCUCGCUCUUCUACUACAUCCCCAAAGCGGCGCUGGCCGCUGUCAUCAUCUCGGCUGUGGUGCCCAUGUUCGAUGCUGGGAUCUUCAGGACGCUCUGGCGGGUUAAGAGGCUGGACCUUGUGCCCCUCUGCGUGACGUUCCUGCUCUGCUUCUGGGAGAUCCAGUACGGCAUCAUGGCAGGGAUGCUGGUCUCAGGGGUUCUCCUGCUCUACUCCGUUGCCAGGCCGCCAAUAAAGGUGUCAGAGGUGUCAGAUGGGGACGUGCUCCUUGUGCAGCCGUGGAGCAGCCUGCACUUCCCUGCUGUUGAGUGCCUCCGGGAUGUUGUGUGCAGCCAUGCUCUCACAGCAUCUCCACCGUGCUCCGUCAUCCUGGACUGUUGUCACAUCAGCAGCAUUGAUUACACGGCGGUGGCGGGGCUGGCAGAGCUGCUGCAGGAGCUGCGCAAGCACGGCCUCUCGCUGGCCUUCUGCAGCCUGCAGGACCCUGUUCUCCAAGUCCUGCUGUCUGCAGACUUAGAGGGAUUCCAACACUUCCCCAGCCGGGAGGAGGCAGAGCGGUGCAGAGGAGCAGAGCCAGGGGGCAGCGGGGCAGCCCCCAGCGCCAGCACCAGCACCAGCACCAGCCAGAGCUCACUGCUGCCGCGGGGCUCAUCCAGUGAGUGGUGACACCGACACUCUGGUGACAUCCAACCACCAUCCUGCACUGUCCCAGA